ACAAGCAAUGGUAUCAUUUUCUUCAAUGCUUUCUUUGAAUAGCAAUGUAAACAAUAACAAUUAGAAUAUAUACUAUUUUGUUUCUUAUAAAAAAAUAUUGUUCAUCUUUUUGUAAUAAUAAUAUUUGAAUUUCUUCAAUUCCAUAUGAAGUCUUUUGCAAAAUCUCCAAGUAGGUGUUUUUUUCUUGUUGAUCCAGAUGAUAAAUUCCUCCCAACUCCAAACAUAGAAGAUUCAAAGAAGAACACAAAAAGGGAAAAAAACAGUUUUGUAAACAGGAUUCAUGAACAUGUGAAAUUGGGUCCUAAGUUUUCUGAGACUGUGAAGGGUAAGUUGAGUUUGGGAGCUAAAAUUAUUCAAGAAGGUGGGAGAAGGAAUAUUUUCAAGCAUGUUUUUGGGAUGCAAGAAGAAGAGAAACUGUUGAAAGCUUCUCAGUGUUAUUUAUAUACUACAGCUGGUCCUAUUGCUGGAAUUCUCUUUGUUUCGACGGUAAAAGUUGCGUUUUGCAGUGAAAGGCACACAAGUUUCUCUUCUGCAAAUGGGGAAUUAGUUAAAGCGCCUUACAAAGUUUUGAUACCAAUAGAAAAGAUAAAAGAGGUGAAUGAAAGCAUGAAUGUGAACAAGUUAGAACAGAAGUAUAUAGAAGUAGUGACUAAAGAUGACUCUGAAUUUUGGUUCGUGGGAUUUUUAAGGUAUGAGAAAGCUAUUAAGAAUCUCAAUAAAGCCAUUUCCAUGACCAAUACAUUCUAAAAGGGAAAACUCAACUUUAACUCUAAGUUAUAGAUUUUUUUUUAGCAAAAGUUUGAUUAUAAGAGAAGUUUUGUAGAGUGAACGGAAUAUUAAGCAGUCUUUACCUUUUAUCUUAUAGUUAUUGCAUGCACUUGUUCCCUUAAUUCUUGGUGAUGAGGAACUGAUAACUAAGUUUCAUGUCAUGGUAAGAGACAUCACUUGUAGUA